AUGCACCUGGUACCCAAGGAGCUCGACAAACUCGUCAUCUCACAGCUUGGUCUACUCGCGCAGCGGAGGCUGGCACGAGGAGUCAAGCUCAACCAUGCCGAAGCCACGGCCCUAAUUGCGAACAACAUUCACGAACUUAUCCGCGAUGGCAACCACACCGUCGCCGACCUCAUGGCGCUGGGCUCAACCAUGCUCGGCCGCCGGCAUGUGAUCCCCUCUGUCUGCCACACGCUGCACGAGAUCCAAGUCGAGGGCACCUUUCCGACGGGGACGUACCUCGUCACGGUGCACAACCCCAUUAGCACCGAUGACGGCGACCUCGCGCGCGCCCUGUACGGGAGCUUCCUGCCCGUGCCGCGCGACGCCGACAGCCUGUUCCCGGCGGCGCUGGACCCGGCCGACUUUGCGCCCGCGCGGCAGCCGGGUGCCGUCGUCGCCGUCAAGGGCGAGAAGAUUGUGCUCAACGCCGACCGGCAGCGCAUCUCCCUACGCGUCACCAGCAAGGGCGACCGCCCGAUCCAGGUCGGCUCGCACUACCACUUCAUCGAGACGAACCCGCAGCUCGUGUUUGAUCGCGCGCGAGCGUACGGCUUCCGCCUCGACAUCCCCGCUGGCACCUCGUACCGCUUCGAGCCCGGCGACGCCAAGACGGUCACGCUUGUCGAAAUUGGCGGCCACCAGGUGAUUCGCGGCGGCAACAGCCUCGCCACGGGCGGCGUCGAGCGCUGGCGCGUCGACGACAUUGUCGAGAGGCUGCAAAAGGCGGGCUACGCACACGAGCCGGAGGAGCAACCGUCGGCGGACAGGGAAAGCAGGAGGACUCGCGCCCCUCGUGUGCCCCGGCCGUACAAGAUGGACCGCACGGCUUACACGGUCAUGUUUGGCCCGACGACGGGCGACCGCGUGCGCCUCAGCAACACGGAUCUCUGGGUCAAGGUCGAAAAGGACUAUACGACGUACGGCGAGGAGUGUAAGUUUGGUGGCGGCAAGACGCUCCGCGAGGGUAUGGGCCAGGCGACGGGGCGGCCAGACGCCGACUCGCUGGACGUGGUUAUUACGAAUGCGCUGAUUGUCGACUACACGGGUAUUGUAAAGGCGGAUAUCGGUAUCAAGCAUGGCAUGAUUGUGGGCAUUGGCAAGGCGGGCAACCCAGAUGUCAUGGAGGGCGUAACGCCCAACAUGGUCGUGGGCAGCUGCACGGAUGUCAUCGCGGGCGAGAAUAAGAUCAUCACCGCGGGCGCGAUUGAUACGCAUAUCCAUUUGAUUUGUCCACAGCAGGCACAGGAGGCCUUGGCUUCAGGCGUGACGACGUUUCUCGGUGGAGGAACUGGUCCAAGUGCCGGUUCCAACGCCACAACAUGCACGCCCGGCAAGCACCUCAUGAAGCAGAUGUUGAAAGCCUGCGAUCACUUACCCGUCAACGUCGGCGUCACCGCCAAGGGUAACGAUUCCGCGCCCGAAGCCCUUCGGGAGCAAGUGACCGCCGGGGCCUGCGGUCUCAAGAUCCACGAGGACUGGGGCGCGACACCGUCCGCGAUUGACGCGUGCCUGUCCGUGUGCGACGAGAUGGACGUGCAGUGCCUGAUCCACACGGACACGCUCAACGAGUCGGGCUUCGUCGAGUCGACUAUAGCCAGCUUCCAGGGCCGCACCAUCCACACGUACCACACCGAGGGCGCGGGCGGCGGGCACGCGCCCGACAUCAUCUCCGUCGUCGAGCACCCCAACGUGCUGCCGUCGUCGACAAACCCGACACGGCCCUUUACGCGCAACACGCUCGACGAGCACCUCGACAUGCUCAUGGUCUGCCACCACCUGUCCAAGGACAUCCCCGAGGACGUCGCCUUUGCCGAGAGCCGCAUCCGCGCCGAGACGAUUGCCGCCGAGGACGUGCUGCACGACGUCGGCGCCAUCAGCAUGAUGAGCUCCGACUCCCAGGCCAUGGGCCGCUGCGGCGAGGUCGUCCUGCGCACCUGGAACACGGCGCACAAGAACAAGGAGCAGCGCGGCGUCCUGCCCGAGGACGAGGGCACCGGCGCCGACAACUUUCGCGUUAAGCGCUACAUCAGCAAGUACACCAUCAACCCGGCCCUCGCGCAGGGCUUCAGCCAUCUGGUCGGGAGCGUCGAGGUCGGCAAGCUCGCGGACCUCGUGGUCUGGGACCCGGCGUGGUUCGGCACCAAGCCGUACCAGGUGAUUAAGAGCGGUCUCAUCGCAUGGUCGCAAAUGGGCGACCCCAACGCCUCCAUCCCCACCGUCCAGCCCGUCAUCGGACGGCCCAUGUUUGCGGCGUUUGUGCCCGAGACCAGCGUGCUGUUCGUGUCGCAGGACGCGAUCGCUUCGGGGACGGUGGCCUCGUACGGGCUGCGGAAGCGCGUCGAGGCCGUCCGCGGGUGCCGCAGCGUGGGCAAAAAGGACAUGCGCUUCAACGACACCAUGCCGCGGAUGCGCGUCGACCCGGAGAGCUACACGGUCGAGGCCGACGGCAAGGUGUGCACGGCCGAGCCGGCCGAGACGCUACCGCUGACGCAGUCGUGGUACGUGUAUUGA